ACAUCUCACGGGUCCUUUUUCCCCCGGUCAUCCGCCAUAGGUGGUGGUGAACUGUCUUACCAUCAAGAAUAAUCCGAGUUCAUCGAUCUAAAUAUGCGGCUCUUCAGCGAUUUGCUUACUGGUGACGAGAUGUUCACCGAUUCAUCCAAGUACACCUUGGUUGACGGCUGUAUUUACGAAGUUGAAUGUAGGCAUGUCACACGUCGGCAAGGUGAAAUUGCGCUGGAGGGUGCAAAUCCAUCCGCUGAGGAAGCAGAUGAGGGAACACUUGAAAACGUGGAAUCUGGUCUGGAUUUGGUUCUGAACAACCGCCUUGUAGAGACAGGUUUUACCAAAGCAGACUACAAGAACUACCUGAAAACCUACACAAAGGCCCUUCAGGAGAAGUGGAAGGAAGAGGAAUGGACUGAAGAACAGAUUAACGAGGCUAAGACGAAGAUGCAGGAAGGUGUCAAGAAGAUUCUCCCCAAACUUAGCGAUGUGCAGUUCUACCUUGGAGAGUCCUCCAACCCCGACGGAAUGGUUGCCCUCCUUGAGUACCGUGAACAAGCUGACGGAAAUGAAGUACCCAUCAUGUUGUUCCUCAAGCAUGGCCUCCGUGAAGAGAAAAUGUGAAUGCCUGUUUGUACUGUGACAGAGGACCACUACACCUGUGCUGGAUACUGGAUGGGGUCUUGUAGAGGUCGCUCUUCGUUGGCUAUCUACGGCCUUACCCCCGGUGCACCAGCUCACAGAAGCAGCUUUAGUUUCUUUUUAGACAUUGGUGUUAAGGAUUGGCAAGAGGACGUUUUUUUUACAAACAUAUCUACACUUGUGACAAAUUUUUGUAACCUGCGGCUUAUUUAUUUUGUGCUUCUCGGCUGCUCAUGAAUGGGGCAGGCAACAUUAAAAGCCAUUUCAUUGGUC